AUGAACAAUCUAGGGGACUUGGAUGGUCUGGAUGGCUCCAUCGACAGCUUUGACUGGCUGACGCGUGAUGGCUUAGACCGCGUUGACACAGAGGGCGCUGUCUUGACGGAUAUGGGUAUCGAUGGCGUUUUUCAUGAGGAUUCCGAAGAAGCUAUUGUCGCGGGAAAUGCUGAAAACCACGCUGAAGAGCAACAUGCCCUAAUCGAGGCCGGGAAGGUGCAGACAGAGCACAUUGCUGCCGAUACCAAUGGCGCCAGGGGAGACGACAACCUAUACAAUGGCGAAGAUGGCUUGUUUAACGAACAAGGAACUGAGGUGAAGGAGGUGAAGGCUGGAAGCGCUCAGCUUGAGCAGAUUGCAAGCUGUACUGAUGACCCAAUGCCAGACGCUGUCCCAGAACUUACCCAAUCAUGGGAAUCUGACCGCUAUUUCCCUGCGAAAGCCAACGGCAGCGUUUCUUCAGAUAUGACCGUUGAUGACAGUUUGCUACCAGAGGCUAUCCAACGCGUGGACCACGAGGAUGAGACGGCUGGUGGCGAAUCAGACGCUUCGCAAGAUACUCUUGACAUUGAUGCCGAGUUUCCGGCAGAUGCCGUCAAAAUCGAGAUACAACUAGCUACUCUACCCGAAUCUUCACUCGAGGACUACUCUGUCGUUCUGUCGGAAGUAGUGGAGCAUAUUCGCGGCCAGGUUGAGGACGCUGACGCCUACCAUGUCGAGUUUACUGAUGGACGCGUUGAAACUAUAACACACGAUCAUCUCCUUGAAUUCAGAAACGGUCAAUUUGCCUUGGACGAGUUUUUCGAUAGCUCCAACAUGGCGGAACACUCCAGAAAGCGCAAGCAUGGAGAUCACAAUUUGGACUCCGAUUUUGAGUCUGGACAAGAGGAUUUCCAAUCUGAUGCUAUGGAGCUGGAUGGAGAAGAGAGUGACCAGUCAGUAAAGAAAUUUACUCGGCGCUCCUCUCGGCGAGCAUCACAAAAACCAAGAAUCGUUGUAACUCGGCGUCCAGAGCCAGGGCAGUUAGACGAGGAAGGCCGCCGAUCAUCUCCUCCUGCCAGAUCAUUACGCCCCCGUGCGAGCAACCCAUCCUAUGGCCCUGAAUCUACCCUCGAAGCUCCGGAUAACGUCAGUGAUGGUGAUUUUAUGCCUAUCAUCUCUGACUUGGCACCACCGAAGAGGGGUAGACGCCCUACUCGAGGGCGCACAAAGAGGUCUCUUCCCAGCCGUACAAGACCGUCUCGUGGAGGCUCCGACAUCGAAUUUGAACCGCUCAGGAGAUCCUCGCGAGCAACGAAGAAUACGGCGGGCAUAAACGAUGAUUAUGACUCUGACGAUGACUUCGAAUCAAUCGCCGUCGUGAAGGAGCCUGGCGCGCCCAAGAUUGUUUCAGUCAAGGAAAUCUUUCAGCCCGUUGAACCCGAAUCCCCCUUCGCUCUCGCCCAUAUGCAGAGAUGUCAUCUUUGCGCUGGUUCUAAGCUACGAGGCCAACUUAUUUACUGCCAAGGCUGUAGCCUCACAUACCACAAAGCCUGUAUUGGCCUUCGCAGCGCUAGAGAGCACCUGGUUACCAAGGUCGACAAAGACUCGUUUGUCUUACAAUGCAAAUUCUGCAUCGGAAUCUACACCACCAGGGACCCAAUGGCUCCGAAACACGACAUGUGCCAGCUAUGCAAAAGUCCAGGACUGUCAUGCUCAGCAUUCGGCCCGAAACGCACCGCCCGUCAAGAAGAGAAACUGCGCGAGGAGAACGAUGGAGUUGACCCAGUGACGCCUGUGGCGCCUGAACUGGAAGGCAUUCAAUCAGACGUUGGCAGCUAUGCUAAGAAAUGGCGCUGUUCAGAAUGUCUAGGCACAACACACAAGAUCCAUCGUCUUGUCGCAUGGCGACCAACUACGCCCUAUUCGCCUGCCAAGGGACAGCGACCUCCUUUAUCGCAAGAUAUCUCGGACGACGACAAGGAAUAUCUCAUCAAAUGGGAGACCAAGUCAUAUGCCCAUUGUACCUGGCUUCCCGGCGCUUGGGUUUUUGGUGUCGCUGCGGCUCUAUCGCGAAAAGCGUUUGCCAAACGUGAUAUGGAACAAGGUCUGCUGAAGAUGACUGACAAAGAGGCCAUCCCCGAAGAGUUUUUGGCCCCGGACAUCAUUCUUGUGGCCAAGAUGGACUCAAAUGCACCAAGUCAUCGCUCCAAAGAAGCAAUGCUGAAUAACCUGUCGCACGUUCGUCGCAUAUUCGUCAAAUUCCAGGGCCUCGGUUACGAGGACGUCGUAUGGGAUACACCUCCGACGCCGGACAAGAGUGCUCUUUACCCCGCCUUUCUUGAAGCGUACGGUGAAUAUGUUAAUGGAAAGUAUUUCGAGCAGGAACCGCAAGCAGUCAUCCGAAAACGUGUCGAAGAGUUCAAGGAUGAAGAGUUUGCAAAGCUAGACGCUCAGCCAAAAGGUAUACGCCGCGGUAAAUUGAUGGGCUACCAAAUAGAAGGUCUUAACUGGCUGCUCGGAAAUUAUCACCAUAGUCGCAGUGUUGUUCUGGCCGACGAAAUGGGUCUCGGAAAAACGGUGCAGGUUGUUGGUAUGGUGACAAGCUUGGUGCAGGAUAGCCCCAAGGUAUGCUAUUCUCCCUCCCUGAACAUUGAGCAUGCUAACAGUUCGUGCCAGUGCUGGCCAUUCCUUAUUGUUGUUCCUAACGCCACUUGUCCCAACUGGCGGCGGGAGUUCAGGCAAUGGGCUCCAGACCUAAGAGUUGUUGCCUAUCACGGAGGUAAAGAGUCUCAAGAGCUCACGUACCGUUAUGAGCUCUUUCCUGAGAAUGGAGGCAGCAUGCGCGCACACGUCGUCAUCAUGUCGUAUGAUUCAGCCCAGGACCCUCGAACUUCUUCGCAAUUCAGGUCUGUUAAAUGGGCUGGUCUAGUCGUGGACGAAGGCCAACGUCUCAAGAAUGACCAGAAUCUUCUCUACCAAGCCUUGCGUAGCAUGAAGAUACCUUUCCGCCUGCUGCUCACUGGCACACCACUGCAAAACAACAAACGCGAGUUAUUCAAUCUGGUCCAGUUCAUUGAUACGACACAAGAUGCCGCGAAACUUGAUGCGGAGUUUGAGGUCCUGGACAAGGAGACUUUACCCCUACUACAUGAGAAAAUCAGACCAUAUUUCCUUCGACGUACCAAGGCCGGCGUGCUCAAGUUUCUUCCACCAAUGGCGCAGAUCAUCGUACCAGUAACCAUGACGGUUGUGCAGGAAAAGCUGUCAAAGAGUAUCAUGUCCAAGAACCCCGAGCUCAUCAGGGCCAUCUUUGCGGACAGCAAGAUGAGGAGGAAGACCGACCGAGGCAGUCUCAAUAAUAUUCUCAUGCAGCUGCGCAAAUGUCUCUGCCACCCCUUUAUGUACUCUGAGAACAUUGAGGAGAGACACCAUGACCCGUCUGUCAUGUUUCGCAAUCUCAUUGAGGCUUCCGCAAAGCUUCUGCUUCUUGAAAUCAUGCUACCGAAGCUGAAAGAGCGCGGACAUCGAGUCCUCAUAUUUAGCCAAUUUUUACAGCAGCUCGAUAUCAUAGAGGAUUUCCUGGUCGGUAUUGGCUGCGCAUACAAAAGACUUGACGGCGGUAUGUCUAGUCUCGAAAAACAAAAGCGAAUCGACGCUUUCAACGAACCAGACUCGCCCCUAUUUGCCUUUUUGCUCUCCACACGCGCCGGCGGCGUUGGCAUCAACUUGGCAACUGCCGAUACUGUCAUCAUCAUGGACCCGGACUUCAAUCCGCACCAGGAUUUGCAAGCUCUCUCUCGGGCCCAUCGAAUCGGACAGAAAAACAAAGUUCUAUGCUUCCAAUUCAUGACCAAAGACUCGGUCGAAGAGCGAAUUGUCCAAGUUGGCAGGGGCAAAAUGGCCCUGGACCAUGCUCUCAUCGAGAGCAUGGACGACGACGAGCUAGAAGGCACGGACCUCGAGUCUAUCCUCAAACACGGUGCCGCUGCUUUGUUCAAUGACGACUACCAAAAGACCAAGAUUGAGUAUACAUCCGCAAUGGUGGAUAGCCUGCUCGACAGAUCACAAAUGGAGCAGGCCAAUGUGGAAGAGAACCCUUCUGGAGAGACUCCAUUUGCCUAUGCCCGCGUCUGGGACUCGGACAAGGUUGGAUUCGACAGCUUACCAACAGCCGAAGCCGAAGCUGAAGCCCCCGUGCCUCUCAACUCAGGUAUAUGGGACAAGAUCAUUGCGCAGAGAGAAGAGGAGGCUCGUCGCAAGGCAGAAGCUAACCGUGAAGUCCUGGGCCGCGGUGGACGGCGACGCACGAAAAUCGACUACACAACAUCAAAGGCUGAGGCCCGAAAGGGAGAGGAAGGGGCCUCUAGCGAUAGCGACGAGUUUUCCGGCGGCAACAGCUCCACCGACUCUGAAGAUGAACGCGAGCUUACAAAAGAAGAAAAAGACGCCGGCCAGCGCGAGCUCAGAGAGCAAACAAACACGACCCAGCGCCCCGCCCAAGGCGAACGUAUCCAAAUCACGGCGAUCCCCUCACGGCAAGGGCCAAUCAAAGAAAAACGCGCCCGAGUCCCGCCCGGCGUCGUCGGGGCCCAACCAGACGGUAAGAUCCCAGGAGGCACAAACGCCGCCCGUGGUCAAGCAGACCAUCGGCACGAGCGGAUUGGCCACGCCCCCAGCGUAAUCAAGCGAGUGACUAGAAUGGCGGCGGCGCCUUCGCCGCCGACACUGGUACCGAAUGAGUUUUGGGCCUACGUAUCCCGCCUGGGAUCAGAGGUGGAGAUCAGACCGCUGACGAACAUGGCGUUUUACAACGCCCCGUCUGCAUCGACGCUGCCUGACCAAGCAUCAACAUUCACGACCUCUGCUUUCCUGCCGCAGUACAAGGAACAACCACACGACGGUCACAUCAUGAAUAGAAUCUGGCAUGUGCAGCACUCGUCGCAGAGUUCGCCGGUGGAUACUGCGUCACUGAGCUCGCGUGGCAGCAUGCACUUGGAUGGCGUGGGCGGCAGCUCGACGACGACGGCCAGCCAGCACACGUCGUCGCCGUCGUCGCAAACGAGCGUGGGUUCCAACUUUGAGCCACUGCCCGCGGGUACCGGAUUCACGAAUUACGCGUUUGAAGGAAAUGUGUCGAACGCGUACAGUUACUAUAUCGAUCGUGGUGAUGGGCAGUUUACGCGGUUAAUACCGGCAGACAUGCUGCCUCCGAUGAAGGGAAUCCCAUCACGAGAAGAGGAGCACGACGGCAUGGUGAUCCUUGAGCCGAUCGAAAAGCUACAUCUCCAGAAAUCAAGGGAAUACCGUCAACUUUCCGCUCCAAAGAAACAAAUCGAUUGCAUCGUUGCGACGAGUCCCAAAUUGAACAGAAAGGUCAAGGUAUAUUGCGACAAGUGGAUUCAUGAAGGCGUCUGUGCUUUCACCCAGCAGGGAUGCAAGUUCAAGCACGAGAUGCCCCAGGACGAAGCCACGCAACGCUCUCUCGGCCUCUUCCACGGAUUUCCCGCAUGGUGGAAGAAGCGUAUGGAAGAGCAAAACUCGCUCCGUCGAGCCCUGGACGCGCCACCGCCACCGCAGCCGUCGUCAUCCUCACCCGCAACGCGCUUGGGGUCUGCGACGCCACUUCUAGGCAGUCAGGAAGCAGCGCGCGGUCGCCGCCAUCAGCCAGUGACCACCUUUGAGCUGCAGCGCAGCAGCCUGCCAGCGAAUAGAGACUCGGUGUACGCGCAAGCCGGCCUUGCGCCGGGACCGACCAAUUGGAGGACUUCGGGCUCCCAAUGGAUGCAAAAUGGCAUCGUUCCGUUUGUGCGAGGGCCCAGGCGUGCUUAUUAG